GUGAAUUAUCCUAAAAUAUUCCAGUUCUGUUUUAAAACUGUUUGAGCUGUUUUCUCCCUGUUUGCUCACUCAGGAGGAUGUCUUAGAAUAUGGUUGUGUUCAGGAGUGAAGCUUUGUUCUGAUUUGUAGCCUGCAUUUCUUUGUGGUUGCUCUGGUGUUCUUUUCUUGUGCAGAAAGUAUCCUUCAGUGGAAGUAGCUCUUACUCCUCUUGAUGAUUUAUAGGCAGCAAUCAUACCUUUUCUUCAGCAUUCCUGUGUGACCUACUCCAGGUGACCCUGCUCUGAUGGGGAGGCUGGACUAGAUGAUCUUUCAAGGUCCCUUCCAACCCCUAACAUCUGUGAUUUUGUUCUACAGUGCUGAACAAGUGUAGGUGAAGUAUUCUCAUUGGUGGUUAUCCCGGUAGCCCUUACACACGUUGCCAUUUUCUCCCCCUUUUUAAAGGAAGAAGAAGAUCAUGACUGUUGUGAGCUUUUCAGUCAAAGUUUGGAAUGGUAUUAAGUCUUCCCUGUUUUUGUGGGAAAGUGUGGAAGGCUGCAUAUAUCUCUUUUUGAGGCAUGUUACACCUGUGGUGCUAGUCAUUGAUUGACACAUCUGCAUCUUGCUUUUUCCAAACAAUAAAUUCCUUGUGUUAUAGCAGAAAUUUGUGUCAGGUCUUAAAUGCUGAAAUGUUGUAUUUCAUCCAGUUUCAGUUUUGCUAGUCUUUAAACAUAAUCUGAUUGUAUUUUUUAUGAUGCCUUGAUCUUUCUGUACUUAAAUACACAUUUUUAUCUCACUGGCCAUUUAAAAAAUACUUUUAUGUCAAAUCCAUUAACAUGAAAAAACAAAAAAAAUAAUUAAGAUUGAUAUUUUAGGAAUAUAAUUGAUAAUCGUAUGGCCAGGAAUCCCCUGUUCAGGACAACUUGUUUCUCCCUCAGUGGUUUCCAUAUCAAGCCUGCAAUGCUGGAACUGUUUCUUUUCUUGUUUGACUUAACUGAUUGUCAGGUGGCAUGCUAUUUAAGUAUGUUUUCCUGCUUAAUUUUCCUUGUCAAUCCAGACAUUCAUUUUCCUGUCUAAUCUAGAAGAUUAUACAUCGUAUGUUAGAUUCUGUAGCUUUUCUGAGCUGAAGAAUGAAUACAGUUUGGUUUCUUAUGUAUUUCGUAUGGAUUCUUAUGGAUUACAUCUUCUAAUGAGAGUACUCCCAGCUUUCUCCUGCUUUUAUCUGAUAGCCUUUGCUGGCAAGAGGCAGAGAUACAGGUACUCUGAAUGGCCAACAUAUGGAAAACAAUGUCUUCCUUCUUCUCCCGUAGUAGGGGCAGAGAUGGAGCCCUGUGGUUUCCAUUUGCACUUUGUCACAACAUGUAUAAGAAAUUGCUGGUCUCGGUUGUUCUGAGACAAUGUCAUCUCUGUCAAAGUUGGUUGAAACUGGGCAAGUUCAGAAAUCAACACAGCUCCGAAAACAGCUAAUCCAAGACCUAAUGCACCCAAUUUUGAGAGGAGAGCUUCAGCCACAGGCUGUUCCAAGUGAUGAAAGUUCACUUUUGACCACAGCUUCCAACAGUUUGGUGGCAGAUCAUCUACAGAGAUGUGGCUAUGAGUAUUCACUUUCUGUUUUCUUUCCAGAAAGUGGAUUAGAGAAGAAGAAGCUGUGGGCUAUACAAGAUCUUCUUCAUUUGAUGAGGAUCAGUCCAAAAUCCCGUCUUUACAAAUCACUGACUUCGGGAACUCGGAAGGAAAAUAAAGGUUUUCUUAUGCAGAUUUUAAUCGGACUUACAGAGCAUCAUUUAAGUAAGGAAACUCAGGACACAGAAACUCAGACAACCUCAGUGCCUCCUUUCAGACAAUCUCUUGCUGAGAAGCUUCAGCUGAUUGAAGAACAGUUUGCAGACUCUUAUCCCCAGCAUCAGAAAUACGAAUCUUUAGAAGUAAAACUUCAUGAAUAUAGAAAAGAAAUAGAGAAGCAGCUUCAAGCAGAAAUGUGUCAAAAGCUGGAACAUUUUAAAGAAGUUGAAAUAGCAAAGAUUAAAAUGGAGGAGAAAGCGCAGACCCAGAAAGAAAUCUCUGAGCUGCGUCAUGAGUUAGAGAGGACACAUCAAGCAAAGUCUGAAGCCUUGAUUUCUCGUGAAAAGAAUGCUAUUGAGAGGCUUCAAAAGCAACAAGAGAUAGAGGCAAAGGAAGUAUACGCUCAGAGACAAAGUCUACUGAAAGAUAUUGAAGUCAUAAGGACCAGAGAGGUGGAACUGAAGCAAAGAAUUGAGGCAUUUGAAGUCACUCAGAAACUUCAGGAAGAGAAAAAUAAAGCUAUUGAUGAUGCACUUCGACGUCGGGAAAUUGCUGUGAAGAACAUAGAGGAGAUAUAUGACCAGAAGCUUAAGACAGAACUCUUAAAAUACCAGCUUGAAUUGAAAGAAGAAUACAUAGCCAGAACCAACAAAGUUACUGAAGAUGAGAAAAAAAAUAAAGAGAAAGCUAUUCUUUUGCAUGAAGAAGCCGUUGCAGUUAAUUCAAAAAAGGAGGAGCUCAAGCAAGCUCUAUCACGCACAAAAGAGCUCGAGCUGGAUUUGGAGUCAGUGAAGGCCCAGGUUCUGUUGGUAAAUAAACAGAAUCAGCUGUUGACAGAAAAACUGCAAGAGGUAUCAGACUAUCCUUUGCUAAAGGAGGAGAAAUUGGAGCUCCAAGUGCAGAAUAAACUACUUAGGCAACAGUUGGAUGAGACUCGCAGUGAGAACCAACAUCUUCGAGACAAGCUGUCUCAGCCGUCAGCAGAGCACCUGGCCUGCCAAGUGGAGCUGAGGAGAGUGGAACAUUCUAGGAGGCUGGCACUGGAUGAAUUUGAAAGUCAUAGGCAAAUUUUGGAAAAGCAGCUACAAAGUGAGGUUGAGCGUUGUGCCCAGUUGAAGACCCAGCUGUUGGACUCUGAAGCUACUGUCAGGAAGUUAAAUGUGCAGGUUGAAGAACUAAAACUGCAAGUGCAACAAACACAGGCAGCUCUGGAAAAUGAAGUGUAUCGGAAUCCAAAGCCUUCGCUUGUCGAUCGCUCUGUCCUUGACUUAGCUGGUGACAGCAUUGUACCUCAUGAUAUUUAUGUGGAUAGCAUGUUCCUGAAGAAUCCAGUUAUGACUGAUGUGAUGAAGGCAAAUGGUGUGCCAAGAGCUGGCUAUCAGCAGCAGCCGCAGCCAGGCAGUGCUGCUCUGGAUUCUGACCUGGAGUCCAUAGCCCAAACCUGGGCUAGGAUAAAAGAACUGAAGAAAGAGGCAGAGUAUUUCGAAGAAGCCUACAGGAAUUACCAAAACAGAGUCUUGCAGGGUGCAACUGCAAGCAGAACUCCGAAAAAGACACAGUCCCCUUUACUUCUGCAGUCUGCUGUUAGUAUACCCCCCUUGACUAACCAGUGUGAACUUCUAGAGGAUAGUCCCAGCUCCCAUCAUUCCCCCCUGAGCAGUCCAAAAUACAUCAAAAGAACUAAGCAGGUGGAUGACUUUAAAAAUCCUGUAACACCACCACACAGAGGAGCAUCUUCUUCAAGACGCCUUUCUUCUACUCCCAUUUCCAAACUGGAAAGAGAUCUCAGUAACAAGAACAUUUCAGAUGACAUCAAUGGCUUGUACCUUGCCUCUUCACAGCAGAGUGUUGACCAGGUACUUUCUCCUAUUUCAAAGCCACAUCUACUUUCAUCAUCUGACUCUGUUUCUUCCUUACCAUCCAGUCAUGGCCAGAAAAUCAGACUUCCUAAUCAACAAAGAGAUAAACAAGAUUUCAUUGAUAUCUCCAAACCAGAGAAACUAACGUAUGAGGAACUUGAAGAACGCAUUUCUUCUCCUGAGUAUCAGGGGGACAUUCCAGAGCAGUGUGAAAGUGAUGCCUUGCAUCCAUCUGGGGACUUCGUCAAUGGAAACCAUGUCACAGCCACUGUGCCAGCAACAGCCAUUUCGCCUCAGGACUUAACCGUGCUGGAUCGAAGACAGUUUGAAGAACAGAAGAGAGAGGUUGAGAAAAACUCAGAAGAGGAAAGGAAAGCAAGAGAAGAAAGGAGAGAGAGAGAACAAGAGGAAGCUUUGGAAAGAGAGCAAAAAGAAGUGGAAAAGCUUAACAAAGAGAGGAUCCAAGACUCGAUGAAAAUAGAUGAAGAAAAAGAAGAUAUGAAGGGGCCAAAACCUGAAAACAGUAAUUCUGGUGCUGGAGAUAAUGUAAGGGUUUCUACUCCAAAUCCAUUAGAAAAAUACAUGAGAAUAAUCCAGCAGAGAAGAGAGCAAGAACUGGCAACCAAGGAUUCAAAGAAAGAAGAAACAGAAGAGUCACUUACAGAGGGACUUGUAUCUAGUGAAAAGGAUGACAGCACUGCAAACAUUUCUCAUGGAGACAUUGAUGAAGACUUCUGGUGAACAACAGCUACUGAUUUUUUAAAUUAAUUUUUUUUUAACAAUACAAAUGUUUAUAAAGCAGCUUUCUGCCUACAAAAUGUUGUAAUAACUGUUAGGCACCAAGAUUGCAGGUUGUAUAAUUAUAAAUUAAUAAAGCUGAUUUUGAACUGUC